AUGACUUCUCCAUUUGUUUUGGUGAAGAUUCUAAAACUUUAUCAAAAGGAAUAUUAUGAUGAAUAUGUUUUACCUUUAUUACGUAAGCCAAAAAUAACAUUUGAUAUCAAACUUGAUGACUCGUUUUUGAUAACAGAUAUUAGACGCAAGGCUGAAAAUCAUCAGUAUAAAAACAGUUCUGAAGUAAUUGAGGAUUUAUCACGUGUAAUUCGUUUUGUAGAUUGUGGAAACAAAUAUUUCAUUCAAAAGGACUAUAAUAUCCACGACAAAAUGAAUCAAAUAUCAUUCGUUCUUCAAUCAAACAUGAAAGAGUCACUCAAAAUGAUUAAAUUAUUUAAAGAAGAAGGUAAAACCAUAACAGCAUGGGAUGUACUACUAAAUCAAUUGUCUUCAUUAACUGUUAAGGGUGUUUGCUUUAAAUCUGAUUCCCCAGAUGUUUUCUCAACGUUUCAGGGUUAUAAAUACAACAUUCUCGAAAAGCCUGAUUACUCAAAAAUUGAGAUGUUUAUGGAUUUCAUUAAAGAAGCCAUUUGUGAUAAUAAUGAUGAAGUGUAUAAAUACCUUCUCGGGUGGAUUGCAUCAAUGAUUCAACAUCCUGGAAUCAAGAAUGAAACAGCAAUUAUUUUGAAAGGACUUCAGGGAACAGGUAAAAACAGAUUCACAGACAUUAUUUCUGAACUCCUCGCCGGUUAUUCAUGUAAAAACAUUACUGAAAUAAGUGAGCUAACGGGUAAUUUCAACUCAGUAGUUGAAAAUAAAAUGUUUCUUGUACUUAAUGAACUCAAGAAUGUAGGUGAAGACAGACUUGCAAACUUCAACGCUUUGAAAUCAAUUAUUACGGAUAAUGAGAUUAGAAUUAAUGAAAAGAAUCAACCCAGAAGAACUGCUCAGAAUGUUGCAAACUUCAUUUUCGUAACUAACAACGUCUACCCUGUCAAAAUUGAAGUUGGAGACAGAAGAUACGUAGUUUUAAGAGUUAAUGGUAAAUUCAAGGGUCAAUUUGAUUACUUCAAGAAUUUAAUGGAUUCAUGCACUAAGGAAUUUUAUGAUAACCUUUUAACAUAUUUUAUGCAAUAUGACCUUUCAUCAUUUAAUGUACGAAUCAUACCGAUGACUGAAGCCAAACAAGAUUUAAUCGAGUUAUCAACAAAUCCUUUAGAUGAAUGGAUAUAUACACAUUAUGAUGAAUUGUGUGCAGGUAUGACAUGUAAAAAUGCUCUAUUCUGCAAACCAUCAGACAUGAAAGACAAGAAUUUCCAAAUGAGCAUUAAGGAUAAAUGUGAAAGGAAACAAAGAAAAAUAGAUGGUAAACAGACAUGGUAUUAUGUUUUGAAAGAAGAAAUGAAAGGAUUAUAUAAACAGGUUGAACCAAACGAUAAUGAGGAUUCAUUUACUGACGAUGAAAUACCUGUAAAUGAAGCUUUAUAA